AAAUAAUAAUAAACACUAAAACACCUGCAUCUGCACUUACCUGUAAAGAAUUCUUGCACAAAUUCCAGUUUUUGUUAAUAACAAUAGCCUCAAUGCGUAGUGAAAUUGCUUAAAAAAUUGUCCUCAAAUAGUUUACCAUCAAAAUUCAUGAUGUCUACUGAACAAUUCUCAUUGCGUUGGAAUAAUUUCCAUUCCAAUUUAACUUCUGGUUUCCACGACUUAAUGCAGGCGAAUGAUAUGGUCGAUGUUACCCUGGCCGUCGAUGGGCAGUUCCUUCAGGCUCAUAAAUUGGUGCUGUCGAUCUGCAGCCCUUUAUUCAAGCAGUUAUUCAAGAUCAAUCCUUGCAAACAUCCCGUUAUUAUUUUAAGGGACGUGACGUACGAGAAUUUGAAAGAUAUUUUAGCUUUCAUGUACCUGGGCGAGGUGAACGUGUUACGGGACAACCUCUCCACAUUUUUAAGAACGGCCGAGCUGUUACAAGUUAAGGGUUUAACGAGUGACGAUUCUAGUGACACAUCGUCGAAGAAGGACGAUAAAUCUGAUACAACAUGUGAUAACGAUAUGGAGCAAGAUAUUCACCAGUUCAAUACGAUGAUGGCCUCGUCAGAUUUGGAACCGAUCUCUUACACACCCUCACCGCAACCUCACAGUGUCAAGCGAACUUCGCAAAACAUCUCGGGACAAUCGAAACGUUCAAAAUCCGACCAGACCAGCACAUCAAUAAUCGAAAAGCAAGAAAGAUUCGAUAGUCCCAUACAAAUUGAGGAGGACGGUGAAUAUAUGGAGAAUACGAAUUUCGAGCCGUACCCGUGUGAGGGCGAGGAAGUUUCGUCGAAUAGAGAAGCGAUAAAGCAAUUUUUGGAAUGCAAUAAUGUGAACGUGUUGAGUACGCAGGAUUCAAGCUCACAGGAUCAUGAUGUGUUGUUGUAUUCGGGGGAUCCAAAAGGGCACGUUUAUUGUCCAUACUGCUAUCGGAAAUUCGUAAACCGUUACAAUUUAAAGGUGCACAUUCGGGACAAACACGACAAUAAUCCCAUUAAUUUAGAUUGCAUAGUUUGCGGCAAAACGAUGCGCAAUCGCAGUUGCUUACGAGUACAUUUGUAUCAUCAUCGCAAGCAGCAGCUGCAAUCUGAAACUUCCGGUGCUUAAAGAUGAUUUUUGUUAAUUAUUUAAUUACUUUGUUAAUUGAGGAUGGUGUUUUUAUUUGUGAUUAAUUUGUUAAUGUUAUGUAUUUUACUAAAAUAAGUAGAAAAAGUUGAUAAAUUUGAUACUCAUUAUGUAUAUAACUCAGGUUAUUUUGUUAAUUAGCUACCUAACAGUAUGUACUAAUUACGCAGUGAUUUUUUGUUUUUGUUUUCACAGUAUUUAAUGAAUCUUUAUUUGAUGAUGUUUAAGUUUGCUAAGAAAUUUAUGAACAAGACAUAUUUACAGUUAGUUGCUGUAAUAAAACAAUUGAUCUGUGAUUUGAUUAACUGUGGUUUGUCCCAUUAAUUUUGUUAUGGGAAUAAAUGAGUGUAUAACUUCAAAAGUGCAGCUACAAUUUUAUUUAAAUAUUGGGUUUGUGUUAAGAAAAACUCAC